AUGGAUCUUCUCGCGGGCUUAUACGACCCCAUCUUUAGCGCUCCAACCAGGCCUCAGGACCCGAAAAUUGUGCUUCGCGUAUUGUGCUACAUCCCCCAUAUCGACAUAAGCAAUAGAGUGAAGGCAAAAGUUUUAGUGCGAGACAAACCUUACGGAAGACCGCCUAUGAAAUGA